CAGGAUGAUGAAUGAUUUUAGCGCAAAGCAUAGAGUUGUUUAUGUGCUUAGUUUGUUCUAAAAACGAUUUUUCAUGGUUCAGGGGUGUUAUUGAUUUGCCCGUUAUAUUCAAUUUACAGAAACAUUCGUCGGUAUUUGAUCAACUUAAUAAGAAGGUAGUACACCUACGUCAAUUAUACACAUAUACUUUCAAAAAAAACCCAUCUAAAUCUCAUCGUAGGUGGUUCGGGUUAAGUAUCCAUCUCUUAAUCAACGGUCACCUUAUUCAAUGUCAGUACGCAUAGAAAAGACACCCUUUACAAAUUGCAAUGAGAAUCUUAUUCAGAAUCACGAAUUCAAUGAGGAGUCUCAGAAAAAUGAAGAUAGUCGCAAAUCUAUAGAAGUUGCCGAGUAUUUACUGGAUAAAAAGCUCUUUUUGUCUGCUCUCGAGUACUAUUUUGAACAGUUGGAGCGUGGUAAAAGUAUAAAACUUUUGCAUGAGUUCUUCACUAGUCCAAAUUUUGUUGAUAAUUUGAACUUAUCUUCUGUGGAGUCAUCCAGUUUGUUGAUGGGGAAAUAUCCAAGCCUAUCCUCUUUGGAUUCGUCAGAUAUUGGACGGAUAUCAGAUGAUGGGAAUACACUUGAAGAAAAACUAAAAGUACUUGAAUAUGAGUUGCGCAAGAAGAAUGAUGAAAUAAGUUCAUUACGGAAUGAGUUAACCAGUUUGGUAGCAUGCGGAUAUAAAGGUGAUGUACAAUCUUCACAAACUUCAGAUUCUAUUUUGAAUAAUCAUUUUCGGUCGAAUUUUAACAAUGGUACUCAAAAAACCCUACCUCAUGAACUACGUGCAAUAUCAUUUUUAAUUAAUGAAUAUUUUUUGGAACAAAAUUUUCGUUUAACUGCAAUACAAUUUGCUGAAGAAGUAGAAGAACAUGGUCUGCAUAGUCUGGAAUCAUGGCAUGAGGUUGCAAUAAAUUUACGGAAACCUCCAAGCUUAUUGUCUUUACUCAGGUUAUAUUGGAAUCCUUCUUCUGUUUCACAAUCAUCACAAAUUUCAUCAAAUCGAGAUGUACCAAAUUGUAAAUUUUGUGAAGUUGCUGUUCAGACUGAAUCUGAUCAAAAUGUUUAUACUGUUACAGCUGGUUUUAAUGAAUAUUCCUCAAUAGAAAUUCAAGCAAAAAAUGAGGAGAUUUCAUCGUUAAAAUCGAAAAUCAGUCACUUAGAAUUACAGUAUUCAACUGCUUCACAAAACACCAGGGAUUUACGUAAUCAACUUAUUUGUCUUAAACGUGAACACAUUGAAAUGAUAGAUAAAACAUUAUCAAAUAAAUACACUACUACGACAAAUGCAAACACCACUGUGAUAAAGGUGAGUGAUUCAGAUGACGAAUGCAAUAACCAAUCAAGCCUAAGUGACAAUGACAGUGUUUCAUAUUCAUCUCCUGGAAAAUUUGGUUUUACUGAUCGAACUAAUAAAUCUUGUCGUAAACUAUCCAAAGAGUUCUCUAGAUAUAUUGCUCAUUUAUUACCGGAUGAUGACCUAAUGUUAAAUGAAAUUAACCAUAAUUUUCACUUAACCGAUUCAUUAGACGAGUUUGUCACAUUUUUAGCUCAAUAUGUUGAAAAGAUUUUACCAUACUUAGUUGAUAAAGGCAAAUUAAUUUUUCUCCCCUUAUUAGUUCAAAUUAUUUGUUUACAUUCCAAUCCAUCGGUACGUGAUCAAUUUCUCUGCCUAUUAUUUGAUUUCCUUUCAACUACUUCGUCCCCUACCUUAUCACCUCAAUCAUCAUUAUUGUCAAUUGAGCAUAAAAUGUAUGUGGAUCAUAUGAAUCCACCUAGCCUAAUUAAAAUGAAUACUGGUUGUUAUUCAGUUGGUCGCAUAAAUCAUGAUGAAUUCUCUAAGCAUAUAUUAAAUGCUUUACGAUUAUUAGCUUCAUAUUUAGGUCCUGCUCGAUUGGAAGGUGAACUGUUACCGGGAUUAUGGUUACAAAUAAAUAAAUGUCCAAUUUCUGAUCUAUCCAGAAGGCUUCUUUUAGUGUCGGCCUGCGGUGUAAUCGCUCCUCACCUUCCGUCGCAUUUACAAUCUUCCAUAAUGUUAUGUAUCAUGGAAUCCAGCCUGGAUGAAGAACGUAAUCCAACAGUACUGGCAGCUAGUAUACGUUCUCUGUCAUGUCUAAUUAGUUCAAUGUCGGAUUCUUAUAAAUUGCCACAAAUUAUACGUCGACUUAAUUCAUUUCUUAUACAAACUGCAAAUAUAUUCAAUGAUCCGCAACAGUUGAAACUGUUUUAUUUAUCAAAUAAGAAUUCAUCAUCAUCGGGAACAACAACGACAACGGUGCAAUCAUUAUCUAAUCUCAUAUAUAAUGCUACUAUGAAUUAUUUCUUAUCAUCUAUAGCUCAAUGGUGUUUAGAAUUAGACUCGAUUCAACAAGUUCUACUUGAUCCAUGGUUAAUUCAUUUCGAUAAUUAUAUUUUAGCACGUCAAAAUACUAAAGAUGAGGUCGCACCUGAUAUGGUAUUGCUUUAUUUAAAUACUCUAUAUUAUUUAGCACCAUUUCUUCAUGCUUGGUUAUUAUUAUCAUUAAUAAAAAAAUCAAGUCCUGAUGAAAGUUUAUGGUUGUCUAUGCGAAAUCUACUUCAUGCUUAUCGUAAUUCAACUUCAGAAUUUGAACAUCUUUUGAGAAAGAAUUUCACAUUUAAAGAGCCUGACCUAGUCAAAUCUUCUCCUACUAAUACCGCCACCACCAUUACCAACAUCAACACCACAUUGGAUUUCAUUGAUACUUCAAUAAUUCUUGGACAAGAUAGCUUUGAAAUAUUAUCAGAAAUGAUGAAAUAUAUAUGUAAGUCAGACUUGUCAAUGUCAACCAUACCAUCAACAUUAUCAUCAAAUCAAACUGGUGAUUUGGAACAAUCAUUUCACGCUAGUCAUAUAUGUCAAAUCGAUAAAUGGAUAGCAAAACAAUGGUUUGAUAAACAUUUAAUCUGUAAAUUAAUUGACUUGCUGGAACAAUUACCUUAUUGUAAUAAUGGUGAUGUUUGUUUAAAAAUGAAAUCAUUUCUUGACUUGGAUUAUGCUAAUGGUUGUUUUGAUGAUGUAAUUAAACAUCAAUUUGAUGAAUAUUUCGCUUAUCCAUGCACAGAAACAUUACAAUCGAAUAAUUUUAAAGUAGCUUUUUCCGUAUGUCGAUUUCUUGUUUCAAUUGGUAAUGCAUUGAAAUCAGAUGGUGUGUCAAAACUAAUUGCACCACAUUUUAAAGUCAAACUAAUGAAACAAACAGAACAUGGAAAUUAUGAAUAUGAUCACAGUUCCAUGCAAACUGGACUUUUAGCUGGUUAUUGCUGUUUGCUUUCUUCUACACAAUCUAAAUCAGAAAUAGGUCAAGUAAGAAUGCUGUUGACAAGUGCUAUAUUUUUACAUGCACGUGAGGGUUUCCCACUUCAUUGUAUUAAUUUAACGGCUUGGUGUCUUUGUUUAACUACGAAUUUAGAUAUUGCUGUACAAGAAAUUUUACUUCCAGCAAUACGACCAUGUUUAAGUUGCGCUGAUAGUUCAGUUCGUCGAGCAGUAGCUAAUCUACUUCAUGGAUUAAUUGAAAUUCUACGAUUUAUCAGUGGAUCGUAUAGUAAUAAUGAUAUCUCACAUACGAGUACAACAACGUCAACAUUCACAACACAUAAUGAUAUUUGCAAAUCAAAUUUAUUAGGAUUAAUAUGGCCAUUUAUUAGUCAAGUAACUAGAGAUGAUUUAACUGGUCAACGUAAACGUAUUACACCGGAUCAAGCUGAUUGGAGUGUGUUAUGUUGUUCACUUGGUCCAUUGUACAGUUUCAUCAUGUUAAUAUGUGUACCAUUUCUAAAUUCGACUUUGUCUUCUUCCUCUGCUACUAUUGUUGCUGGUAGUGGUGAUCCUUCUGGAGGCUCUAAAAUAGAAAAUAUUCCUUCGUCUUCUACAACAACAAUGGAUACAACUUCAGCUUCAACAACAGAUACAUUAACAAACAACACAUUUAAUGAAUAUGCUAAUUAUCGUAUUAUGGCAUUUGAUUUACUUAGUUUACAAUAUGACUUGGUUGUCGGUCGAACGAAUUCCAAUGAGCAACUUAAUUCUAAUGCACAAAAUACAGGCAUAGAUUAUACAAUGGAUCGAUUGAUAAUUUCACAACGUCGAUUUUGGAAUACAUUAGUUAAUAAUCUUCUAGAUUUAACUAAUCGUCUUCUUCCGAUAUGUGGUGAAAAUUUUCAACAAAAUAAUAUAUUACCAUGGCUUUUUAAUUUAGCUGAAAUGAAUAAUUCUUUGCCAAGUUUAGAAAUACGUGUUGAAUUAGCUAAUCAUUUGUUCACAGUUCUUUCGACAGCUGCAUAUUCUGUACAAAAUGAAAAAAGUUUACUUCAGUGGUUAGUUCCAGGUUUAGAUCGUGUACGUUUAGAUUUAAUUGAAAGUGGAGAUAAUCGUCGUGUUCGUGAAGUAGAACAAUUCCUAUCUGAUUUAUACUCGAAUCUUCGAUUAAAUGAUCAAGGACGUUCUUCGUAAGUUAUUCCUACCAAAUAUUAUUUAUCUGCCUUCAAUCAAUUGUAGAUGACCUCCUCCUAGCAAGUAUUAAUUGAAUGGUUAAGACAUGGAUUUCCCAUGCCCAACCACCACCUACUUUGAUACGUGAUGCUUGCUGAUGCAGAAAUUAUUUGGAAGCUAGAGAUAGGCAAACUAAUACAUGUCAUCAAUCUAUGACAGUUAUUGACUGUUAGAUUGAGGCGUUCAGUUGAGUUUAGACUACCUAGUCGGAGUAUGCGAUAUUAUUUUAGCCAAUGAUUGGAGACGUUGGAUGAAAUUGCUUAAAAUCGGUCACAUUGUUUUAGAUACAUUCACUCUUUUUUACCGUUUAAGUGCUUGGAGCCCCUUAUAGAGUUACUGCCAGUCUCAGGUAUGUAUAAAAGAAGAGAGUUAGGCAUCCCAUAGAAAGGAAUCUUGCUAAAAAAAAUUCUAACCAGGAAAUUGCCGAGUUUCGAAAUUAUCUUCUAUUUUCUUAUUCCACGAAAUUAUCCUUCCCAAAUAGUAUUGUCUAUACCUAAUCUUUCCUACUUCCACUGAUACUGUUACUAUUGCUACUAUGACAUUUAUCUUGAUCACUUCAUCUCACAGUGUUGAUGUGGUGGAACAACUUGAAGUGAUGCACAAAUGUUCUGAUUUCUGCGUUGCUUAUAACUUACAGGCUGAUUUACAUGAAACCAAUGCUCGUCCUAAGGAUUCUUUUCAACUGCCUAACAUCGAGUAAUAAACUACAUAUGUUACAGAAAGAGUAAACUGACAAUUACAAUGAGACUACUUUGCAUACAUUAUAUAGAAAAGUGUUCAUUUCUGUACUAAACAUGGAUAAUGAAAGUUAUUCUUUUUUUAGAAAUCAAUUAACUUUUGCUAUUGGCUACUGAUUAGAAUCGAUAAUCCAUGUUUCUGCUUUUAUCAAACAUGUUUUCUAGACAUGUUUACCUCUUGAUCAAUAGAUAUUUCCAUUGAUAUUGGAUCUAAAUGAACAGUAUUAAUUAUGAGAGUUAUAUUGUUUAAUUAUAUACACUAAUAUAUUCACUGUGUAUAUUAGGACUUCUCAGGUAUCAUCGUAAUACAUGCGCACUGGUUUCUACAUUAAUGUUAUCACUUUGGUCAGCUAUUAAAUGAUAAGUUUUUAAAUAAUUUGCAAUUAUAACACAUGCUCAAAUUAAAAAAAAAAAAGAAUCUCACUGAUCUCCCAUGUAAACCCUCAUUUGAGUAUUUUAGUAGUCAAAAAUGAAAAUAAUUCGCUUAUUUUCUUAAAAUAAAACAUUGAAUUCUAACCCAUAUAAAUUAUCUUGUCAGUUUUAAAAGGAUAAAUUUAUAUUCCACCCAUAUAAGAUCUUUAACCUUGCGUUAAAUAUGAUUGUUUUUCUUAGUCAUAUUCAGAGAACUAUGAUACAUGGCAUUUUCGUAUUCGAUAUACUCUAAAAAUCAUUCCUGACCGAAAUGAGAAUUAGCAAUUUAGUGGCUUAGAAAAUUACAUCACGAACUGAUUUUAGUAUAGACAACCAUUUGAAACUUGGGAGCAUUAAAUAAGUGCUUCGUUUAAUUAUGGAACACCGUAGCAGUACACAUCAACGAAUCCAUCAGGGAUCGAACCUAGGACCAUAUGGCCUCUCAGCAAGCGCUGAAUCAGCAUCCAGUGGUUUGCUUGUUUGAUCCCAUCGAGUGUAUGAUAUCACGCAACAAUCUUUCAUUGUCAUCGAUGGGUAACUGCCUCACUCAAUGUGGCUGAACUCGGCUGAUCACGGUUAAACUCUUGCUGCGAGGCCUGAAGGUCGUAGGUGUGGAGUGUUAGUAACGUAAAACAGCUUCUUGGUUUUCAAUUGGCUGUCUAAUUAAGGUCAUUCCUUGAUGUAAACUAUGAAAGUCAAUAAUCACCACAAACGCUCUAUAAUAGUAGUUCUUCCUUUUUCAUCAGAAACUUCAGUCAACGUAAAAGUAGGAUGGAAUAAUGUGUCAUUUUUAAUUUCGACUAUAUGUAACCUUGAUUUUACAGUACGCAUCUUCUUAAAUCCUUGUUUUCCUUUUCAGCAAUUCGAAUUCAUCUGCCGGUAUACGUACUAGUGUAUCCAACCGUUGGACUAAACUAACUUCAUUCAAUAAUUCCAAUAAUCAUACUGUGAGUAGUACUAGUCACAGUACUGACAGUCAUAGUACUACUACGAACACUAAUACUACCAAUACUUUUAAUACUUCUAACAAUGGAAUAAGUGUUCCUCCAGCAUUCAACACUACUUUAGAUAAUAGUCAUAACUCACCACCAGAAAUUGAAAUGAAAAAAUCUCAAUCUCGAACAAAAAAUUCACGUUUCAAUUUUCGUCGACAUUAGUGAUAUUAAUCAUAAUAAUAAUGAUCACAAUCUACACAUGAUACACAGUUUGUUUGUUUUUCUUUCCUUCUUUUAUUUCCUUUCAAUUAAUGGGGUAACAUUCCAAGAUUCUGUAAUUUAUGUGAUUAUCAGAGAAAUAAAACAUACCUCAUUUUUGAACCUACUUUUAUGUUUUGGAACAAUGUUAUUUUCUUAUGAUCUGUACUCAUUACUAUUAUUUAUUAUUAUUAUGUAUUUUUAUUUAUAUUCAUGAUUGACUUGUAAUUUAUCUUCUUUGUAAACAUGAACAUCAAGUAUUUUACAAAUGAUACAACAUAAUUCUAAGUGAGUGUUUUCAUUGAUAUAUAUCUGUCUUGAACAAUAUCGACAAAUAUGAUAAUAAUCGGUGGUUGGCUUUCUUGAUUUUUUGGAUCAUCUAUUCAUCGUAAAACCAUGCUUCAAUAUAAGAUUGUUAUUACUGUAACUGAUAUGGGUAUUAUUGAAUUUAUUAUUGUAAUUUAUAUAUAUAUAUAUAUAUCCCUAAAACCAAUAUGCCUUAACAUAUCAGCUAGGCUGUGUUUUGUUUGUUUAUUUUACGGGUGAUAUUUUAAAUGUUUUUCUUUUGUUUUUAUCUCGAAUGUUAAUCUCCCCCUUUUUUUCUCUUACUUAUUUACUGAUUAAUGUUUCUCGUUGAAAGUUGAGUUUUGUAAAUUUCAUGUUUUGUCCUGUUUUUUUUUUUAAAGAACCGUUUUCAUAUGUUUAUAAUUGAAUAAAAAAAGAGAACGAUCAAACCUCUUAGUGAUUAUUUUAUGUUUAUUUUACGAUUCUUAUAAAAAUCAAAAUAGCAACUCUACAAUUUUGUUUUUGUACACAAUCAUAACAAAUUCACUUUUUCUAUUAUUAUUAUUAUUAUUCUUGAACACUUUUAAAAUGUUACUGUAUAAAAUUGAUGUUUAUAUGUAAUGUAUGUACGAAUGCUUAAUUGUUUUUGGUUUUUACCCUAUUCGAAUUCAUUUGAUAUUUCUUUGUAUAGAUGGAGGGGGAGUUUGUGGUGAUUGUUGAAUUGUUAUAGAUUAUAACACAGAUUGAAUUUAUUUAAGCAAUCAUUGAAAACUAGGAAAUACUGGAAAUUUGUUUUGUCCUGUUACAAGACUCAAUAGUGGUCAUCCAUAACCCACCGGCGAUGGGACCUAUUCUAGGUCGAAAUAACUGCAGAUUGUUUCUCUUUUUUUUAAAUUGUCUAAGGCCAGUUCAUAAUGUAAACUAUAAAAAUUCAGUGGGUUUGUAGGUAUCAAGAUUGUAUUUUGUAGAUUCAAGUAAAUUAAUCAUUGGGUUAAUUUAGUUCGGUUUCUUAUUUACUCUAAAGAAGUAGCCCACACCAAGUCACGAAACGUCAGAAAUACAAUUUUUCUACUCAUUAGGAUAUAACAAAAAAUAUAUUUAUUGCAUAACAGCAUUUCGAAGUAUGUAUUAAAAACACUUGUUAUAUAAUUCAGAUUGUUGUCUUUCGACUCAUUGAUUAUUGUAAUAUCUCCAACCGUUCAAAUUUAACAGUCAAUCAAUUAUAAAUUAAUUGUUCAGUUUGGUAUUAAAAAUGUCUUCAGUUGUGUACAUAUGACAGAAUGCAACUAUUUUUCAGUUCUUGACACACAGUUCAGUCCCGAAAUUCGAACGAAGCAAUUGUGCAACGAACUUUAGAAUAUGACAAAAUAAUAAAAUUGGAUAAUCUUAUUCUGCAUCAGUAAGUCUCAACAUACAUAAGGGAGAAAGUAAAAUCCUAAAACUCCCACAUCUUGACAAUAUUACCGAUGAACAUGGAGGAUCAGAUGCAGACGCAAAGGCAGGGAUUGGCAAAGCACGGGUCGCAUUUCUACAACUGAAGUACAUAUGCAACUCAAAACAACUGUCAACCAACAUCAAAGUCAGAAUCUUCAAUAUGAACGUCAAAACAAUUCUGCUGCACGGGGCUGAAACUUGGAAAAAUACCACAACCAUCAUCAAACUGGUACAAGUUUUUAUAAACAGUUUUCUAUACAACAUAUUCAAUAUCUGUUGACCGGAUACCAUAAGCAACAACCUACUAUGGGAGAGAAUAAACUAGGUUCUAGAUGAGGAGGAAAUUAGGAAAGGAUGUUGGCAGUGGAUGGGACAUAGAUUCCCAAAAUCAUGAAACUGCAUCACGAGGCAAGCGCUAACUUGGAGUCGUGACGGGAAACGGAAAGGUAGGCCGAAGAAUACAACUUGUCGGGAAUCGGAAGCAGACAUCAAAAGAAUGAAUUGCAAAUGGGAACUGGGAAGGAUUGCCGGGGGAAAAGGUGAGUGGAGAACGCUGUUGGGCGGCCUCUGUUCCUCCAGGAGGGGUAAUAUGCGUAAGUAAAUGCCUAUUUUCUACUCACGCGUUAAGUAAUUAAACCGUAAGCAACAUAGAACUUGGUACAUACGUGUAUCGUGUAGUGGAUUGUCCUCUUGAAAAUGCCUAAGGCUUCAUAUACUACUCGUUCUGAUGAUUGUUUCUAGAUAACUCCUAACAGUGUAUAAAUUUCAGAAGAUAAUACGAGGCGUUAACUAGUUUAUUAUUGAACAGCGCAUAUCAGUAAGUCACAACCACACAUCGAAUUCUAGCAGAAAUGCGAAUGCGAGUAAAUGCCAGUCAAGAAAAUAGGCGUAUCAAGAGUCGAAUGAAUUGAUAAGAUUCAAGCACACAGGAAAGGGAAUGACCACACAUUCACCAUUCAUCAGAUUUUUAACACAGGCAUACUUAUCGGCGUCUGACAAUGAGUUUUUCUUGACUUAAAAGCAUCAUUUGACUCCGUAGACCGAGUGGUUCCGUGGCAGUGUCUGUCAUCGAAAGGCGUACCUCAGAAGUACAUAAACCUUGUGAAGGCUCUUUAUUCGACUACUAGUGGAGUCAGAGCUUAUGGCGAACUGUCAUCUGAUUUCGCAACCUCAAGUGGUGUCCGGCAAGGCUGUUCACUAUCACAAUUUUUGUUCAACUUCAUCAUAGACCUGCAGCUGGGAAUAACGUCCUCGUUGAUGGAAUUUUCGGGCAUCGAUCUCCUUCCAGGAGAUCCACUUAUCGACUUAGAAUACACAGAUGACAUAGUCCUGUUUGGUAAAGACGCUGAUAAAAUGCAGUGUUUUGGUAGCACUGAGCAACAAUGCCAGGAUGUUUGGGAUGGGUUCCUCCCCUCCUAAAGCGAAUCGCUGCUUCAGUCGAACACGUCGACACUCCACCUAUCUUGGAAGUCUGAUUAACCCUGAUGGGUUGGUGUCUGACGAAAACUCAUCAGUGAUUAAGAAAGCUCGUUUGGCUUUUGCCAACUUACGUCACCUAUGGCGAAGGUGAGAUAUCCGUCAAUCAAUAAAAGGACGAGUAUACUGUGCAGCAGUUCGUUGUUAUACUUUACGGCUGCGAAACGUGGCUAUUAAGAGUAGAGGUUACUCGUAAGUUACUAGCACUUGAUCACAGAUGUCUUAGAAAUAUUGUUCGCAUCCGUUGGGAUCACGAGAUAAGUAAUAGUGAGGUUAAACGCAGGGUAUUAGGGAAUGAUGGCAACCACAUAAACGAAGAGUAAGGAAGAGAGCAAGGUGUCCUGAAUGACUCCGAUCCUUACUUGACACUCGUCUGUCAGCUGCCCCAAUGCACGACUUUGUAGUGUAGUGCAUCGUAUCAAUUCCGUAUGAUAAUGACGAUCCUAUCAGGCACAUCAGUGUCGAAGAAGUUUCUAUAAUGUUCUCCUAUCCACACUGUCGAAUGCUUCCUCAUAAUCAAAGAAGUUAAUGUGUGGUGACGAGCUCCACUCAACUGAUUUGUUCAACGAUCAUCAGUAGUGUCGCGAUUAGGUCUGUGCACGACCGAUCCUUACCAAAUCCAGCCUGUUGGUUUCGAAGUUGGGUGUCUACUAAAUCUUUCUCUCGGUUCAGCAACAUUCUGUUGAAAACCUUUCCUGGUACUGAUAGUAGCGUGAUUCCUCUGUAGUUUUCACAUUCGCUCAGAUCUCCUUUCCUUAGUAAUUUGAUUAGAUAUCCUUUCCAUUCUGUUGGCACUUGUUCCUCCUCCCAAAUCUUCCCCAAUAGAACGUGGGACAUGUUUGUAGCUGAGUUUGUGUCUGACUUGAGUGC